AUGGACAUUGGCGACUUCCCGCAACAGCCGCGGGUGGAAAAAGUGGAUCGACAUAUCCGCGUUGCCUUCAAUGGUUUGGAGAUUGCAGAGACGACUGACGCUUAUUGGGUGCUUCAGGCGCAUCGCCCACCUGAAUACUACCUCCCUCGGUCUUCUUUCAAGGUCCCCUUAACGCCAACUGGAUAUCGGCCACCGUGUGAGUGGAAGGGACAGUCGACGCACUACGCUAUCAUUGGGCCGGAUGGAUGUGUCAUAGCGAAUCGGGCUUGGUCCUAUGAAACGCCGAAUCCACUGUACAAGGCCAUCCAGGGCUAUGUGUCCUUCUAUGCGCGCCCCUGGCAGUGCUAUGUUGAUGGGGAGCGCGUGGUGCCUCAGCGGUCGGAUCUCCAUGGGGGAUGGGUUACAUCGGAGAUCAUAGGUGCAGAGGAUUCGUGA